CCAUUCACUCCGAGUCUCCCCACACACGCUCAGUAGACUUCACAGUGAUCAGACGUAGGAAGUACGGCGUUGAGUGGUUAUGUUUAUGGUGGUGCUUGUCUAGAUGAAGUGGUUCAGUGUUUUGGUUUAUAGCUUGGCCAUGUGUGUGCCUUAGUGAGUUUACUAUCUGCCGAUAGAGUUAACUAACGAAAUUGUACCCACUGAAGAGUGGUACUGGGGCGUAUUGAUCUUGUGUGAUAGUCUGUUUACAUCUGGACUCUAUGCUAAGAUGUGGCACAUUGGCAGUGCCCAGGCUCAGGGCGGCGUAGGGGAGACGGCAGUAGGAUCGGGGUUUGCCUUCGGCUCCCCUAUGUCACAAGGGAGAGACGAGGGUGCCAGGCCCAAGGUUUCAUCCCCUACUACAGACUGCAAAUCAUACUACGACUCCCACAACGACUCGGGUUUCCUGUCUGGUUCAAACCUUGUGUCCUCCUCGAGCCUAAGUUGUGAGGAUAACUCCACCAUGCGGUGUAAGGAAUCCACGUCCCCUCAGGAGGGCCACAGAAGCCCUGACCCCAAAACUCAGGGCAUCACCUCAGUGGGGCAUCUCGAUUCCGGCAUCGACAUUUCGGAUCAACUCAGCUCUCUUCACCUGGCCUCCUCUACUACCUCAUCCUCGAGCACGACGUCAGACACGCCCGAGAACGACACGACCUUCUCCAAGAAGGUUUCGGCGCCUCCACGGCGAUCUUGCCUCGAGUUAAACGAAGCUCAGUUAGCGCUCCUCCAGGAGAUAUUUCAGCGAGAUGAAGACGGAGACACUCAGCUGCACGUGGCGGUCAUGCGUGGCUUCGUCGAGGUGGUGUACCACAUCACGCGACUCCUCCCCCACCAGGCGCUGCUCGAUCUCGCCAACCACACCGGCAGGACGGCCCUGCACUUGGCCGUUUCGGCUGGCGACGCGGAGAUGGCGCGGCACCUGAUCGUGUGUGGAGCAUCACCCGUGGCGCGGGAUCGACGGGGCAACACCCCCCUGCACACCGCCAGCGGCCACGGAGACAUCCACAUGGUGACCCAGCUUACACGUCCUGUCACCGUGGCCGAGGUCAUGCACGCCCGCCUGUCCUACGCCCCUGCACACACCGCAGGACUCCUCGCCGCUGACCUUACCAACUACGAUGGCCAGACGUGUAUCCACAUUGCGGCGCAGGCUGGACACAAGGAGGUCCUGCAGCAUCUCACUUGGUACGGAGCCGACAUUAACGCCAAAGAAGGCAAGAGUGGUCGGACGGCACUGCACUACGCCGUAGAGGCUCGUGACGCCGACUUGGUGGAAUUCCUCACCGAAUCCUGCCGAGCGUCCCUCACCCUGGAGACCUACGCUGGACUUACCCCCUACCAGCUGGCCUUAGCCAACGGGGCGAUGGACCUGGCUCACCAACUGCUGAAGCUCGGCGCUCCCGGGGACGCCCUCCCCACCUACCUCACCGCGGACGAAGACCUCGACUACGAUGAGGUCUCAACUGUGGUCGAGAGCUGCAAUGGAUGGGACAACGUGGAUGACCUCAGGAUUGGAGGCGUGCCAGUGACCAUGGCUAUGCCUGUGCAAGUGAAUGACCAUCAGCCCUUCAAUGCAGAUCGUUACUUCUAAGAAAUGUUUGUGUGCCCAUCAGUAGCUGGGAACUUACAACUUCUGAUGUGAUUUUUUAAGAUACCUGUAACAGGCAUCUAGUACCAGUGACCUGAGAACCUUCACAGCGGCUGGAGUGCAGGUCCUGUUAAAUUGUUGAAUGAUGAUAUUCAGAAAAGGA